AUGUAUUUGCUGGCACUUCUUUUCAUCAGCAUCCAGGUGUUCAUUCUGACCAUAUUCGAUGCGAUACCUGAGCUUCUCGUGCAGAAGCGCAGAUUGGGGAUAAAGCCGGCACCGUACGAUCCAAUCCGAUAUCGACAUGUCAUCGAACACAGCUAUUGCAACAUUUGUCAAAUUCAAGUGAAGAAUGACACAAAACAUUGCCGGCGGUGCAACAUGUGCGUCGAGGAUUUCGACCAUCAUUGUGUUUGGCUGAACAAUUGUGUCGGAAAGUAUAAUUACAAACAAUUCAUGGUGCUUAUUUUAUCAUUGGCUCUCUUCUCCACCUCCAGUGCCAUCCUACAAUUUGUGGUUUUGGCGUAUUUCCUGAUGCGUGCGGAUAACGCGCCAUUUGUCCAAGUCGGCGACAUGAUUCCUUUGAAGCACUUUUACGUCACAGAGAUCGACCAUCGUUUGUGGCUUGCGGCCACCGUUACCCUUCCACGUCGCCGAUGCGCAAUCGAGUCGCCGAUUCAAGUCCACAUACGACCGCAGCGCGAUGGGCCGAACCCCAAGCUCCAAAACCACAGCAUCUACCAUCACUUCAAAGCCCUUAUCGAGAAG